AUGGAUAUCUCUGUGUAUGCGGCGAGGGCGGAGGACAUUGAUGUACUAUCCAGGUUCCAGAUUGCCAACUUUUUCCGCCAGCACAAGUCCAUUACGAGAGAUGAUUGCAAUCACAGGGCUACGAUCAUUGCCAAAAGUCCAGUCUCUCCCACGCCAGUACAAGGUCAGACCAGCUACACCGUGGCAGCCGACGCUGGUCACCAGCGGAGAAUCGUCCAAUUCCGCAGCUCGGCCCUGGAUAUCGACAUCCUCCGCCAAGCACGGCAAACUUAUGGAGAUUUUGUCCCCAACUGCGAGUUCCGUGACAUGUUGAGUGAUCUCUACGUGUACGAGGCGGAUCUCGUGGCGGGAGUUGCCUUCUGUCGAGCCCGGCGUGAGCUUCUCGCCCCUAGGAUGACACAGCAUCUUCUUCGAACUGUACAGGACUUCGCGAGAUUCUUCGCUUCGGCGUGGACGAACCGGCUGCCAUUGAAGCAGUCACCGGACGUCGCCCGCGCAUUGUUCGCCCAUUAUUCCAAGAUCCUCGAUCAACUCUCCCACGGCCUGCCUGACCGCUUUCAAUUGAGGCUAGACGAGGUACGCCAAGGACUCCCACUGCUGUUUCGGUCGGACUACCCGAUGGUGCUCAACCACGACGACCUCCUGGAGAUGAACAUCCACAUGGAUAAGGACAGUGGUCGCAUCACCGGCAUCGUCGACUGGGCCGACGCCAAGAUCACCCCCUUUGGUACGUCUCUCGGCGGUCUCGAAACUGUUCUUGGCGUACAGACUUCGUCGCGCUGGUUCUUCCAUCCUGACCAAAGCUUCCUCCGAGAGAGAUUUUGGAGCACCUUCUACGGCAUAAUUGGGCAUCUUGCCGAUGAUGAUCGGCGAGCGAUCGAAGUUGCGAGGGUAUUCGGUUUGUUUCGGACUCAUGGCUUUGAUCGCCGGCCUGAGAAGGAAGACGCGUCACCUCUUGCGGAGGGAGAUCCGGAACUCGUGUGCCUUGAGGCAUUCUGUUGCCUUAGGCCAGCCGGCGCAGCUCUGGACCGCACACAAGCUAUUGCGCCUCAGAGAUGA